GAACCCAAGCACAACUGUCCAGAAAUGGUUCUUGAAGGGUCCAGUAUCAACUGCACGUGCUAUACAUCAAAAAUUGGGAAUCCUCCUGCACACAUUGGGUGGUCUGAAUCAAAUGACGAGUAUCUGGUUGUGGAAAAUAUUGGUAGAGGAAGAAGUGGCGCCAAUUUUACUUGCAAGCUUUUGUGGGGAGUCAUCAGUAAGGAAACGAUAUACACCGUUAGAGUAAUGAGUAAGUAACGUUUUUUUUGGGGGGGGUUUACUUACUGCUCCAUUGUUUGGCAAUUAUUUUAGUUUCGAUGUCACCAUGUAUAUCUUUUUCUUUUGUUCUGUCAGUUAUACAUCUACGCGAUAGAUUUUACUAUUGCAUAUGAAAAAAAAUGUCCGACGUUUUCGAAUAUGCUGCCAUUUUUUUUAAGUAUUUUUUUUUACUUUUAAACAAAAAAAAUCAAAGAAUCAAACUAAAUGCCUUGAUUUCCCCAUCCUCCAUGUUAGCAAAGUAAAAUUACGAAAUGGAUUUACAACUGUUUUUAAGUGGUCCAUCGGGAAUGGACAUCAGAAGCUACACGGGGACAUCGGAAGAAAGUACAGAGAUUGUGUUAGUAUGUACUGCAAUAGAUGUUUACCCUUCAGCCGUGUUUGUCUGGAACAUCACGUGUGACAACACGACUGACAGCACGAAUACCAGCACGUGUACUUUCUUUACAAAGACUGAAGAAGUCGAGAUGAUAGUCGAGUGCACAGCAAGCAACAGUGUGUUUGAGAAUGUGUCUUUAUCGGCGAUUUACGUGGUACAUAUUUCAGACGGGCAUGCUGGCUAUGGAAUCUGUGCAGGAAAAAAACAGUUUGAUGAUAUAUUGAUAAUAAGCGGGAUUUCUGCUGCCGUUGUUGUCGUCAUUGGAGCUGUUAUCUUCGUCUGCAUCAUCAAGCAGAGGCGAGUCUUCAGCAAGCGUAAGACAACAACUCCUGUUGUACACUACACCGCGCCAUCGGGUGACCUGUACACGAUCGUUGGUACAAGGAUAAGAAACCACGGCGAUAAUGAGAAUAUCGCAAUUUGUGAAACAAUCGAGACUCGACUAUCUAGAACAGAGCAUAUUGGGUGUGAUGAGGCUAGGUCACAACCUCACAAGACGGACGAAACAAGAAAACCUCUAAAACCAAAAAGAAACCUAAAGCCAAUCAGAACAGAGGUUACCUAUUCGAAUGUCCCUGAAAUGUCAGCUCAUUCUUGUGUGGACGUUUAUCAUGACGAUCUCUGGACGACCUCUGGGUCGACUGAACCUGAUACAACCAAAACUACUGCAGCAGAGAUUGCAAAUGACGAAUAUAAUGCCCUACAUUUCCAUGUGAACUGUUCAGAACAUCAACAGGACGACACUUACUACAGCCACCUUAACCUUUAGUAGCAACUACAUUGAUUCGCGCUAUCAUCGCUUAGUUUGGAUUAUUUCUACCGAAAUUGUGACAAGGAAAAACAUCGUAUAGCUUGUUAACAGCCAAUGAUAAGCAAAUUAUUUGCUUUCUUCACAGUGUUUGUUAAAAUGGAAGCAAACUAACAAAGAAAAGUAAAUAAAUGUACCAUAUGCAUUGAAAAAGUUCAUUUUAAA